ACACUCGCAGUCCUCGGACUUGCAACUCUCGGCCGAUCACACAUGAUCAUGAACACUCCUGUACCUUACGGAAAAUCGACCCUGAACAACUCUCCCUUAGCAGCAGAUGGCAGUGACUUCCCUUGCAAACAGCGCACUGGCGUCUACGAUGCCGAAGGUGCUAGUAACAGCAUGGCUCUUGGAUCUAGCCAAAGUCUUGCAUUCACCGGAAGUGCUACUCAUGGCGGUGGCUCUUGCCAAGUUUCUAUUACGUACGACCAAGCCCCAACGACGAGCAGCACCUGGAAAGUCAUCCAUUCCAUUGAAGGAGGUUGCCCCAUUAAGGGUGUUGCGGGUAACAACGGCGACUCUGCCAGCGCUGUCGACCCAGACACAUACUCCUUCACUAUUCCCACGUCUCUGCCAACAGGAACUGCCACACUUGCCUGGACUUGGUUCAAUAAGAUCGGGAACCGUGAGAUGUACAUGAACUGUGCUCCGGUCACCUUGACCGCAUCUUCCUCCAAGCGCAGCGACGAGGAUGAGCUCAUGGAACGCAACUACACCAUGCUAAUGGAGCGCGACACUGCCGCUUACAAUGCUCUUCCAAACAUGUUCACUGCAAACAUUGGCAAUGGUUGCGGAACUGUUGACUCUACAGAUCUCAAGUUCCCUGCCCCAGGGGACUCUGUUGAGCAGGAUGGUACAGCCACGGCCACUCCAGUAGCACCAACCGGAACUGCUUGUGGAAGCACUGUAGCAGGUGCAUCUGCAACUGCUGGCUCUUCGGGAUCGUCCGCAACAUCAGCUGCUGUUUCUCAGGCGUCUUCCGCUGUUGUCGCUUCUUCUUCUCCAUCUGCCACUGGCGGAGUGUUCGCCACCGUCGCAUCGUCGCAGGCCACUUCGGCUCCUGCUGCCUCAUCUACACCAGUCGCAUCUGUCGCUUCCAGCGCCAUCGCCUUUACCCCAGUCGCCUCCUCAGCCGCUCCAGCAAGCACAGGAAGUAGCUCUAGCACAACCGGUACAGGCUCUGCCAUCGCUGCAGGAACUGCCUGCACGACAGAGGGAGAGUGGAACUGCAUCGGUGGAACUUCCUACCAACAAUGUGCAAGCGGAACUUGGUCUGUUGUCAUGGAGCUUGCGGCUGGUACUAGCUGCACUGCAGGCGAGUCAACCAACAUCAACAUC